GUGUGGCCGGGCAAGGACACAUAGGACUAGAAUGACAUUUGUGUAAGUUAGCUAUGUAAUGUCUACUAGCUUGUUACGAGCGUUAACUCACCGGUGACUACUGUGCAGAACCUCACCUGCAAAACCUCUGCAUCUCCACUGACUCCAGCGGGGUUUUUCGUGUAAAAGGUUGGAGGUGGAGAGCCUGCUCCUGUAGUUGGGAAUCGUCCAGAGUCAGGGUCUGUGUGUCUUUGCGCUGUCCUCCGUGCUGUGGGAGUAAGCUGGUACCUGGGUUUGCCCCUGUGGUGGAUGGCUGUGAGCAGAGGGGGCGUCGCCUUCUGGGUGGGUUGUGUCCGCAGCCAUGGCAGAAGGCAAGCCAUCAGAAAACAGAGCUGGAGUCUAAGUCAGGCAGUCGACUGGCAGUGGAUCCGUCAGACACGCCCCCUGAGCAGUGCAUCAUGGGCCCUGGUGCCCCCCAACAGCCUGAGAUAUCAGAACAUUAAGCAGCCGCUGCUGUCCCACCCGUUCCACCAUGCUAGCCAGCCUCACGCAGGAGGUUACAGCGAGGAAGACUGGGAGGAGUCUCUCAGUGUGUGUGUGCUGGUGCGGCAGGGCGAGUCAGACGCCCUUCAUACCCUGCUGGAGAUCCCUCUCUUCAAUCACAGAAAACUGGGAGAUCUCCUUGCUCCUGGGGCUCACAAGUCCUCUGAGUUCUCCUUCCCGCUGACCACGGUGGAUGGUAGCAGAGAGGAUGACAUCAGCGUUGACAGCCUAAAAGGGAACAGUGUUGAUGCUGUAAAGAGAGAACAUGGCUGCUUUAGAAGCCUGUUUGAAGCAGAGAGGUGUCCGGCACCCUUCAUGUAUGGCUCUCAGUUUUAUUGUUUUCAUUGCCCCGGCACGGAGCCGCUAUCAGGCAGCGGGCUGAAAUCUAGGCAGGAUAUUGGACAUGACGACAAGCUUGUAGAGCUGCCUCUGCUGCCUUUCACCUCUCUAUGUAGCCCUGUAGAGAGAGCAGAGGGGGAGACUCAAGGAGACAGUGAAGGAGAGGAGAAAGUGGCCCACAUGUAUGAAAGACUGCGGAUAGAGCUUCCAAAUUUCUUUUUGAAGAACCAUGAUUACAGCAUGUACUCAAACGAUAUGGAAUUCAUCAACGGCCUCAUAAAUACCAAGACCAGGGGCCGUAAGGUGUACCAGCUGACCCUCACCCUGUGGCGCAUCCUGUGUCUAUGUUACUACGCCAAAGCUCAGCUGGAGGUGCUGAAGCUCACCAAGCACAUGGAGGACGGGACCAUUAAGGCUCGCUGGAGGAUCAGGGGCCUUCCCUUCCACACUCUGAUGCUACGCUUCUAUCGCAAAGACAAAUCUCGUCUGUACAGGUCAUAUGAUGCAUUCUCUACUUUUUACAUUGGACAAGAUGGACUCAUACACUGUCAUAAAGUUGAAAAGGUGAUGCCGGUUCAGCCCCCUGUCCUGCCCAGAGUAACAUCUCUGUUGGCGGGGGCUCUGGUGGCGCUGGGAGUGCAGGAGCACCGACCUGCUCUCAACCUGCUGCCCCUCCUCCUGUCUUCGCUGCGACAGAGCAGAGACUGAGCUCAAGAUGAUGAUUAGAGGAACAAUUGCCAGUGGAAUCCGCACUGUGUCCAAGGUCCAUGUGACUCUGAAAAGUUUCAUUCAUUCUCAACAUAGGAACACAUUAAAAUGGAGGGUUAGGCUCUCUAUCCUAAAGUCCCAUAAUGUUUCCCCCGAAUUAAAUGCUAAGUCAAGACGUCACAUUGCUUUUCCCUGGUCUCAUUUUCAUAUAGCCUCUGUUUGAAAUAAUGACAGCGGUUAAAAAAAACCCAGAAUUGGGUUUGCAGGUAUGAGUCACAUGACAGUCAUCCUGCCACUGCUUUUCAAAGUUUCAAACUGAAAGUACCAAACAAAAACCAGACCUUUUUCAAAGACUGUUUUUUGUCAGAUCUGCCACUUUGAAAUUUGAGGAUGAAACUCACCCUUUCCAUUCUUAGUUGUGAAUACGAUGUUAAACUCAACAUUGCAGAUGUUGACAAACAUCAGAACAUGAUGACAGAAAUCUCAGAUGUAGGUCUGAGGGGGAACAUGUGCAAAAAUUUAAAAAAUGUUUAGGUGUGGUCCAAAUAAAUCCUUAAUUUACCAAGUUAGAUGUUAAAAACUUGCUUGUUGCUGGCUGUCAGUUGUUUACAGUCCUGUAACUUCUCCCUGCACCACUAGGUGUCAUUGAGUUUUUCAGCUCAGCUGCCUGUUCCAUCAGUAGAGACCAGAGAGUGAGCUCUGGUGGUGCAUGCUGUGCCCUACAUACAGUGACUUUAAAAGUAACAGGAGCACCUGUAUUUAUGACAGUAUUGCAAAAACAUACCUUUGGGAUUUCCAAGUUCCCUGGUAUACCAUAAUACUGCCCAAGCCUCCUGACGACCUGUAUGUUGGUUAUUUGCACAUGCUGAUUGUUGAUUUUUGUGACAAAUUGCCACUGGCACUUAAAUUGGCAAACCAACACUCUAAAUUGUGCUCACUAUU